CUCAGCAUUAGGUCAGAAGUCUAGAAAAGUAGCAGAUGCGCAUUGUGGCUGCGUCAGGGCUGGAUUGUUUUUCACUAUUUUCAACAUUUUGUGAUUCCUUUUGCUUGAAGUGAAAGAACAGAUUUCACAUUUGAGUUGUGAUUUUGACAGCUGUAGUGUUUCUGACUGUUUUAAACGGAAGUGGUUCUUUAGACUGUGGAUUUAGGAGUGAUUUUACGCAUGUAUUUGAGGCUGGAACACAGUGAAAACAGUGCGAACUGAAGGUUUAUCUCAGCCAAAAAAUGGAACCAUUACGCACAGAUCUACUCGUUACUUUGACUUUACUUUUUGUUGAUACUCUGUAUUAACAUUUGACACACUCAUUUGUUUAUUACGAUCAGACAAAAGAGGACUAGUUGGUCCGGUUUGGUGACGUUAAAAUUUCUUCUGCCGCAAAAAAAAAAAAAAAAAAAACCACAAAAACUUUCAGUGGCACAAAAAUCCUUAAACGCACAUGUUUUUGUACAGUGCUUUCCAGCCUUCAGUAGGACUAUAGAACGAGCACAAACACUUCUAAAACUACAAGGCAGUAAAAAAAAAAAAAUAGUCGUGUUGCAAUCCAUGCACGCCUAACACAGUAAACUUGAACAGACUUGUCGGCCUGGUCUGGGCGUGAGGUUGCGCAGUUAAAAAAAAAAAAAAAAAAAAAAAAAAAAAAAACGGGGAAAAAAAGAAAACGCUCCUUAAAAUAAAAAUCAAAUGCCACAAAAUCACACCGUCUGUAUUUAGCGAGGGUGUAGGAUUAGAAAUAACCAGAUUAGGUGUGUAGGGUGAGGGGCGUAAACGCUCAUGGGUUAAACAGGAUGACUUGUACUUGUGGUGGAACAGAAACCCUCUCUGUGUAUUGGCAAGUUAAUCUGAACAGCCAGGACGGAAUGUGCUCAACAGGCGAGAGGCUGGCAGCCAGGGUGCGCUCCGGUACGCAGCGCAAAAAAACAGGCGCACAAGGACGAAGCAGGACAGGAAAGUCAAUAAUGUUUAGCUCAGAGAUUCCGACAGCAUGGCCACGGCUGCAGAUGGCUGCAUUCAAUUUACACGACACGCAGGCGACGUCCUGCUCAACUUCAACCGGCUCCGAAGCAGGAACAUGCUGACCGACGUCACCAUCCAGGUGGACGGACAAUAUUUUCACGCUCACAAGGCCGUUCUGGUAGCAUGCAGUGGCUUCUUUUAUUCCGUGUUCAUGGACCCUGAGAACGCUAACCUUAGUGCCAUCAGCUUAGAUCCCAAAGUAGACCCCAAGGGCUUCUCCAUCCUGCUGGACUUCAUGUACACCUCCUGUCUAAACCUUCAAGACAACAACAUCCUGACCACCAUGAACACAGCGCUCUACCUCCAGAUGGAACAUGUGGCCGACACCUGCCACAGAUUCAUCAAGUCCAGACAUCAGUCCCUGAAUAUGCAGUUUGAAGAUGUACAGAUCAACUCUUUACAUAUGGCUGAGGAAACCCCCGUUUUGAGACGUGGUGAUGAAAAAGACGCAGACUUUAGAAGCACAUCCACCUCGUCCCACCUCCUGGAGUGCAAAGGUUAUAUCCCCAGUGUUUUCAGGGGCAUCAACACCUCGGGCUCUUAUCACGUGUAUAAUGACCUGCGUAUGACCGACGGGAAGCUGGAAGUCUGCAACAAGAUCCAGACGGGAGCCCCUUUCGCCCAGAAUCGAUGCUCGAACCUGCCUCACAACAAGUCCCCCACCAUCACAUCCCACCGAAGCUUCUCCGCCUCCAUCAUCCGACCCCCGGGGGCCCACGGAGGCUUCCAAGAGCCCGCCACCCCUACAAAUGAAGACAACAUCCAGUACCCACAAGCCAGCUGCCUGAGGAUGUCCCCAAGCUUUAACAAAGGGGUCAUCUGUAGCCCCCAGAGCCCCCUCCGAUCCGACUGCCAGCCCAACUCGCCCACUGAGUCCAGCAGCAGCAGGAACGCGUCCCUGAGCUUCAAACAACCGUCGGACUGCCCCAAAGAAGCCAAAGCCCACAACUGGAAGAAGUACAAGUUCAUCGUCAUGAACCAAACGUGUGACGAAGGUGAAAAAGAAGCGAUGCUGAGCCCCUGCAGGAACAGGCCGAGUGCAGACGCUGAGGUCCAGAGCGAAGAGGGAGGCGGAGACCAAAGAGAGGAAGCGGCUCAGAGCGUGGACAGCUGCAGCAGCAUCAGCUGCGACAGUCCUCAGCACCUUUCUCCUGACUCACUAACCAGCGACGACACCUCCAGACUGCACUCAGAGUAUUCAAGCCCAAACUGUGAAAAGAACACUUACUUAUGCAACGGAUGUGACUCCAAGUUCACAGAGGAAGACUCCCUGAAAGACCACAUGGUCCAGGUCCACAAUGACAAGCCAUACAAGUGCGACUGCUGCCAGGCCGCCUUCCGCUACAAGGGCAACCUGGCCAGUCACAAGACGGUCCACACCGGUGCGAAGCCUUACCACUGCAACAUCUGUGGUGCUCAGUUCAACAGACCAGCCAACCUCAAGACUCACAUCCGCAUCCACUCUGGAGAAAAGCCAUACAAGUGUGAGACCUGCGGAUCCAGAUUUGUGCAGGUGGCUCACCUUCGUGCCCAUGUGUUAAUUCACACCGGAGAAAAGCCGUACCCUUGUGAGAUCUGCGGAACACACUUCCGCCACCUUCAAACUCUGAAGAGCCACAUGCGCAUACACACCGGAGAGAAGCCUUAUCAUUGUGAAAACUGUGACCUGCACUUCAGACAUAAGAGUCAGCUGAGGCUCCACCUCCGACAGAAGCACGGCGCUGUGACCAACACCAAGGCUCAGUAUCGGAGGACUCCCAGCGGCCUCGGCUCAGGCCUGGUCCACUCCUGCUGAUCCUCCUGCGAAGCUCUGUGGUGUCAUUUUAUCCUUUAGUGUUUGCCAGCAUGUUGUCCAAACAUUUGUAUGUUUUCUAAACACAGAUAUCAUAUAUAUAUAUAUAUAUAUAUAUAUAUUUGUCCUUUUACGCAUUUUUCAAAGAUGCACAUUAGUGUCUGUAAGCUCUCGACUCUUUCAGAGAUUGUAGAAGUUUAUGCUCUUGUUGUGAAUGUCUACAUUUUAAAUGUGAAUUUUACCUGGUACUUGUGUAUUUUGCAAUUAAUUAUCAGCACUGAAGGACAGCCUUCUCUCUCAUUUAGGAUCUGUUACAGUUCUGGUUUAGACAUCAGUGCCCAGUAGUGGUAGAAUUUGAUGUAUUUACUUUGCAACAGGCUGUUUAUGUAAAUAAGAUGAGAUAUAUUUUUACAUUGCCAUCUGCUGGCAGAAUCCGAAUGUAUUUACUGACCGUCAAGGGCUUGUUGUUUUACAGUUUCACAGUAUACGGUACACAUUGUAACAUGUACAGACUGUAUUCAUUAAAAAUGCCCUGUGUAUUUUCUUCGUUCUCUAUCGCUUGGUAACUUCUAGGCCCCUGUUGUUAUUUUGCACAUAUUCACUUCAGUAAUUCAUAUAUUCUUAUUCUUUCUAUUCAAAUAUUUCUACUUAAAAUGUUCUUAUGUUUUGAAAUUGUUCAAUUCUUGCUAUAUCCUUAUUUAUACUAAUUUUCUUUGCUGUAUUCUAUCAAAUUUGGUGCUACCAUGAUCCAUCUGUACCUGGAUCAUUAAAGUCUGAUUGUUUCUUCAAGCCUUAUGUAUCGUCGUGCACAUGUACAAACCGAGUACUCAAGCUAAAACAAGCUCAGGAAUAUCAGUAAAAAUGUAAGCAAAUGCCUUUGUGUGUAUAUAUGUGUAUAUAUAUAUAUACAUAUAUAAAAAUAAAAUAUAUAUUAUGUAGCAUA